AGAAAUUGAAAAUGAGUUUUUCACCUUCAGCUGUCGCCACAUUUUCGAUGUAACCUAUUCGACUAUUUUAUCUAAUUCGGUUUUUCAAUAAUUGGUUUUUUUCUGGCCAUAAAAUUAUAAGUUGGUUCAACAUGCUUGCACUUCGUUCAUCGCUUAAUAAUGCGGCUCCAAUUUUGGUGUCAUUGGCCAGUACGACCAAUCAAUGCCGUGGUAUGGCCACGCUUAAAGAUAUUCGCGUCCGUCUCAAAUCUGUUACCAACAUUCGUAAAAUUACACAAUCCAUGAAGAUGGUGUCUGCUGCCAAAUAUGCCCGAGCUGAACGAGAUUUGAAAAAUGCUCGAGUUUUCGGAUCAGGUGCCCUUCAAUUUUAUGAACAAAGUGAUUUGGUUACCGAAGAAGACAAAGAAAAAACAAAACCUGGUACUCUGAUCGUUGCCAUCACAUCUGAUCGUGGCCUUUGUGGCGCUGUUCAUUCGUCAGUUGCUAAAAAAGUACGACAUAUUAUGGCUCAUGAAUCGGACGCAGACAAAAUCCAAAUUGUCUGUGUUGGUGACAAAGCUAAACUUAUGUUGGCACGACAAUUUGCAAACAAUAUUUUGAUGAUGUUCAACGAUUUCGGUAAAAAACCACCCCAAUUUGGAGAUGCUCGAGAAGUUGCCUCGCAAAUAUUGAACUCAAACUUCGAAUUUGACCGUGGUAUAAUCAUCUACAAUCAAUUCAAAACUGUCGUCUCUUACAAUACCACUGAGAUUCCUGUGUUUAGUCGAGGUGCUAUCAAUUUGUCGCCUAAGAUUAGCGUAUACGAUAGUUUGGAUGAAGAUGUCAUCCGUUCUUAUUAUGAAUAUUCAUUGGCCAGUUUGAUUUUCUUUGCAAUGAAAGAGAAUGCCUGUAGUGAACAAUCAUCCCGUAUGACUGCUAUGGACAGUGCAUCCAAGAAUGCCGGCGAAAUGAUUCAGAAGCUUACCUUGACAUUCAAUCGAACACGUCAAGCUGUUAUCACCAAGGAGUUGAUUGAAAUUAUUUCAGGUGCUGCCGCUUUGUAAUUGUUAUCAAAUUAAGCAAUUUUAGAUUUAAAAUGGAUAAAUUCGAUAAAAUAA